AUGAAGAAACUCCCCUUUAAGCCCACCGCGCUGCGCAGGGCAGCGACAAAACCAAAACCAACACAAUCCGAGGAUUCCAAGGACAGUGACGACGAUGGUCUCUCUCUGUUCCGCCGCUCAAAGGAGAUGGCGCCUAUCAUGGCAGCUGAUCAGCAAAGGCGUUGGGAGAGACAUAGAGAAGCUGAGCGCAAACGACUUGAGGCCAUUGGGGAGAAACGACCGCGAGAAGACUCCUCAGAUAGCGAUGGGCUCACCAACAAGGACCCUGGCCCCGAGGUCAGCGACGGUCUACCUUCCCUGCCUCCACGGAUAGAGGGAACUCCUGUUACCGAUCAGCCGCUGACAUACGACGGAGCGGAUCGCACCAGUGAACUUGUCACUCCUCCUCCGUCAAAACGAUCAAGGCUUGACUCAAGCUCGGCCCAGAAGCCUAUACUUAGUUCGCGACUCGACAUAGACGAAGACCCUUUCCCAGAUGCAUCGCCAACUCGAAGAUUGGGGCCGAUUUGUAACCCCCCUACUCCAAGUCGAAACCUGAAGACAGAAAGUUUCAAACCACAGGCCAAACCAAAUCCAGAUCCCAUAACGAUUGACUCAGAUUCGGAACCCGACUCAGAACCUCCCAAGCCUAAGACCGAACUAUCAUCGAAGCCGGGAAGUAGUAGUAUCGAACUUGCGGAGCGGACCGCUAAGCCUCCUAAAGUACCAAGCCCACCACCAGUGGAGGAGGAUGAAUUCGCAGAGUACAUUCGCAAAGCCGAAGAGAAGCGAGCCCGCCAACAGGCUCUGCAGGCUAACAAGUCUGAGGAGCAGCCCAAGGAGGCCUUUAACAUUUUUAUUACCAGCACGAUUCCGCAUACUGUACCCCUGCAAGUGAGGGUUUUAUUCAACAAACCUCUUCGCGUAGUUCGAGAUGCGUGGGUCAAACACCAACUGAAAAAAGGCGUUUCCAUACAAGCAGACGAUGUGACUCUCACCUGGAACAACAAGAAAGUAUACAACACUUCCACCCUGAUUGGCCUGGGCAUUCGCCCGAUCGGCAAUGGACGUGCUGUGAGCGACGGUCAAGGGUCGGCGGGCUUCAGAGAGAACAUGUCUUCAAUAAACGUACAAGCCUGGACUCCGGAACUCUUUCAGAGGAUGGAGCAGGAGCAGGAACUCCAGCGGAAGCGUGACGCUGGUGAACUUUCUGGCGAGGAAGAUGAGAAGCCAGCCGAGAGAAUCAGGUUCGUGAUCAUGCUCAAAGGACGGGACGUUGAACCGCUGGCUUGCAAGAUUCUCCCUGAGACAACUGUGGAAACGCUCAUCUCGCACUUCCGUCAACAGCGUAAUGUUGGUUCAGAUAAGCAGGUAUCUCUGUGGUGGGAUGGUGAGCGGCUCGAGGAGCACGUGGAGAUGCAGGAUGCCGAGAUCGAGGCUCGAGACACAAUCGAAGUGCAUAUCGAUUAA